AACUGGGCACACGUCGGGACUACCGACCUGAGAAAGCUUCAUUGCGCUACCAGACGUCCGUUAGAUCGAGUUUGCACUCCCAUUUUGUACUACGCGAGCUCAUUACAUUUCCGUAAAUGAGAAAACGUUGGUGCGUUCCAGAAGAAGCUUCGCAUCGAUUUUGAACUUUAUUAUAAACGGAGCUAAGAAAAGAUGGACGCGAAUCAAACUCCCCUGUCUCCACCAGCCUCGCCCCAGUUCAAGCACAUCGAGCCACUACAGUCGUCAUUCAGUGUCGCAGCUUUGUUAGGAGACAAGCUAUUGCAAAAGACGGCGAUGACCGCAAAAGCGGAGGUGGCGAAGGCGGCGGAGGAGGCGGCAAUGACGGUGGCAACCGAAGCGAAUGCGACAAAGCGCGAUCAUGAAAAUCCGCAACUAAACUUGCCUCUUACUCCUCAGCCCUCCGAUUCGGAGGAAGAUGAGCCGCCACGGAAACGACGUUACAUUGAACAAUGCGAAUUAGCCAAGUUGCUUCUUUAUGGAACACCACCACCCAGUCCUGAGGCAACUCGAGUGUCAGUCAUAAUGCGCGCCAAUCGUGACGGAACUUGCAGUCCAGCCAGUAUACCUACGAAGCUACCCGAUUCUUGCCCGUCCGAAUGGGUACCAAGUACGAUAAUACGGCAACGUACCGUCGAAAGCAGCAGUAAGAGCUCGGACGUGCGUUCGAGUGGUAACUCGACGGAAGUAAACGUCUUGAAAAGUCUCAAGUUUAAAAUGAGCUUGAAAAAGGAGGAGAUAAUCGUGAAUAACAAAAAUACCGAUCGUGAGAUCGGUCAGGCCAAGUUACAACCACUUGCCCCAAAACCAGCACCGAUCAUGGUAACUGGAAUUUUAGGAUCGUCAUUGGUGUUACCACAGACUCCGUUAUUGUUGGUCACUGCGAGCACGUCGACUCGAGCUAAUACCGUAGGAACCAGAGGAAACGUUCACUGUAAUGAAUCAGCAGCACGAAGACGCGUCUACGAAUGUGAAUAUCCCGGCUGCGGCAAAAAUUAUUUCAAAUCUUCUCACCUGAAAGCGCACAUGCGCACUCAUACCGGAGAACGACCCUUUCCCUGUCCGUACGAGGAUUGCAACAGACGUUUCUCACGCAGCGACGAACUCUCCAGACACAAAAGGACUCACACAGGAGAAAAGAAAUUCGCUUGCACGAUUUGCCAGAGAAGAUUCAUGAGAAGCGAUCACUUGGCUAAACACGUUAAACGUCAUACCAGGGAAAGGACUUCCUCCUCGUCUUCGAAUAGCAAUGGUAGUAAUCAAAUGCAAACGGCAUCUGGUGUUAGGCUUAGUAUCUUGCCUGUUAUCGCACCAAGAAUAACGCCACCGACUCAUCGAAUUCUACCGCCACAACUUGCAGCCUGACAGCAGCAAGAUUGAUGUUUCGUCGGAAUACUUUUUGCAGAAAAAAGAGAAAUCGAUGGGAAAAAGAAACGUCGAAUAUUCGUUUCCUUCUUAUCCCUUGGAUAGAAGCUAUUUGCAGAUAGCGGUAACCUUUUCGUUACCUUCUUAAAGUUCAAAAAUCCGACAUCGAAAAAAUCUUUCGUCGGAUAAUCUUCCUGUCGUGCUUCUAAAAAAUCUUUCAUUCAAUGAAGGAAUUAUAAAAUAUGAGAAGAUGUACUUAAUGACGAAAGUCAGUGAAAUUUAGAAAGAGAGCGGGAUAAAGGAGAAGAGUAUUGAACCAAGUACCUAAGUGUGUCUGUGAUCUGUGAUCGUUGUCUUUGACUGAUCGUGAAAUAAAGAGUAUUUAUUUAAAGGAGAUAAACUGUUUAAACAAUUCAUGUAAAUAACAGAUAUGUUAAUGAACUAUGCUAACAUUACGACUUUGUUAACGAUCGUCGAUAGGCAUUAUAAUUAUAGAUUAUAUAUCACCGCCCAAGGAGAAGGUAAUAAAAUACCUUUUUUUCCUUGCAACGAUGUAAGACUUCUUUAAUGUAAAGAUAAAGAAUUUUUAUACACAAAUGGAAAUUAAUUAAAUGACUUCUAUACUUUCAUAAA